AUGAGCAACAACAACGGCAACAUCAGCACCACCACCACCAGCGUCACUACCACAAUAAUCCAGGGCGUGCCUCUUCGCCGGCACAAUCCUCAUGUGGUCACGUUGGAUGCGGACAAAGUAUUGCGACUGUUAGAAUUGUUGUCGACAGAGAUCGCCAAGGAUGGAGGUGCCACAGUGGUGGUUUCCAUCAAGGACUGGUACGGGCUCAAGCCGAAGAUUGAACAGUUGUUGGGGAAACGCAUGAAGCUAUUGCAGUUCUUGGAACGACAUCCCAAAAUAUUCCGUGUCGAUCGGAACGAGUUGCCUCAUGUGGUUCAUUUGCUGUCUCAUGAACAUGUCGUGGUACCUGAUGUAGCAGCAACAGGGAUGAGUGAUGAUGAUGAUGAUGACGACAACCACAAUAAGCAGCAAAAGGCUCUGGUAGAACAAAUCUGCUACGUCCUUCGAAGGCGCAAUGCACGAUUGUCACGUCGUCGACAACAGCAGGAAAAGCUAUCCGUGACUCCUCAACAUGAAGAUCGACCUCAAGUCAACAUCCCGUGGCUUUUAUCGCAGGUUUCCACGUUGUUUCAUCUCUACCUACGAAACCACAAAACAGAUGGAACCUUCUUUUACCGCACGCUCUAUGCUACUCACGACGACGUCCAAUUGCCAGGAUCCAAACCGUGGCAAGAACUGGUCUUUUCCGAGUUUUACAACUUUUUGCGACAAGAAGAACAGAGACCCAAUAGCUCCAUUCGAAUCGUCCAAGAAACUGUGCAGUAUGGCCACAACCAAAAUAAUGAUAAUGGGGAAUCAACUACCACUACUCAAAAGCCCAGAGUGGUGCUAGUGGAGGACAUGGAUCAUGAGGAAGGGAAUGACACAACAGAAAGACUUGACGAAUUCGACGUGGCGCGGGUAGCAGAAGCACUCUUUUUGGCGAUACAAGUGGAUGGAGCCACCCACAUUGCCGUGUCACUCCUGCUACAUCGCUAUGCCGAGCUCAAGCACAGUUUGGGUGGAAGAAAUUUGGCCACGAUUGUGCAACAAUAUCCUCAGGAGUUUCCAGGAAUUGAAAUCUAUUCCUACCUGGGAGAGACAUUUGUCAAGAAUACCCUCGUCCUGGAACGAAACACUGACGACAAUAAUAACAACAACGGCAACAAGUUUCAUGCCAGAAGACGAAUGGAUGUCGAUGGUGCGACGGGUUUGUUCUCGGUGGCAUCGGGGAAAUGGGGUACAGCAAUCAUGACGGGCAUGAAAGAGGCCAUCUUGCAACUGCAACGAAAACGACAAACCCUUGACGACACUGCUUCGACCAGCAGCAACAACAAUCUCCAUGUGAGUUUGGCGGUGGAUCUCACGGCCUCUGUGGGUGGCAUGACUUUGGCCAUGGCACGUCGAUUUCCUCCAAAACAGCAAAGGCAGGAACCAGAUGAUGCAGCAGGCGACGUCAAUGUCAAUCGUGAUGAUGAUGAGAAGGACACCAAGUCACACACUCUUACCUCCGCUACCAAAAUCAUUGCAGUUGAGAUUGAUCCACAACGUGCUCAACUGUGCCAGCAAAACAUGGAAAAGUUUGGAUACUCGCAAGAGGACAUUGAAGUGUGGAACAUGGAUGCUAUGGAAGCCAUUCCCAAGCUUCCCUUGCAAUCUGUCUGCAAUAAUGACAUUGCUAUGGCUGUCAUUGAUCCACCCUGGGGUGGUGUCCAUUAUCGCUUGGAGAAGAACCCCACGUUUCAAAUGGGUCCUUGGUUGCUGCAAGAUGUGGUGGAAAAGUUGGCACUUCACUUCCAGCAGCAACAGCAACAAAGUCUUUUGUUGGUGGGACUUCGAAUGCCCGUGUUUUUCGAUGUGGAUCAGUUUUCUGCAACAUUGCAGGAACGAAAUCUUGUGUUCCAAAGGGAGCUUGUUCGCAAGUUGGGAUUUCAACUCGUGGUGGUGUUUUCGUUUCGUUCCUCAGCAACAUCUAGCUAG